ACAUAUGGCGCAGUCGUGAGCCACAGAGUGGGAGAAGCUGUGUGGCUCGGCCGAAAUUGUGAGCGUGAGAGAGCUAGGCAGAGCUGAAGAGUAAGUAAUCCCCGUCGUAGAGCCUUAGCACCGCUAAACACGAAGAGCUCCAGCGGGAAGCCUGCUAUUCCCAACCUGCGAAACGGCCGGAGCCGGAGGUAAUGAUGAUGAGGAAGGACGAAGGAAAGGAUAAAGUUGUACCUCCUCGGUGAUGGAUAGAAAAACCAUGAUAAUGCUGUUUCACCGAUCUAGGAAGCCUUGCUGCGAGUUUCAUUCCAUUGCAUAAGGUGCAGAGAGGCUGUAGAACCUUCGCUCCUCGCGCUCAUUUCUCGAGGCUGCAGUCCCCGCUGCACGCGCCCGCAGUGAGGCUGCAUCGCUAGCAGCAGCAGCAUCUCUCUGGGCAAACCCAGGCGACUCCGUGAAAAUAGAAAGGACUGCUCUGACUAGGCUGCACUUUGCGAGAUUUUUCCAUGAAAACUGUCGAUCUGGUAAUUUUCGGGGGAAUCGUUCUAGGAUCAUGUGGACCCCGACUGAAACGGAGAAGUACGGAGUUGUGAUCUGCAGUUUUCGAGGAUCAGUUCCUCAAGGCCUGGUGCUGGAGCUUGGAGAGUCUGUCCAGAUCAUAGAAAAGUUUGAAGGAUGGUACAGAGGAUUUUCAGUGAAGAAGCCUAAAAUAAAGGGGAUUUUUCCAGCAAACUACAUUCAUUUGAAAAAGGCAGUCGUCAGCAACAGAGGGCUGUAUGAAACUGUUGUUCCAGUAGAAGACCCUGUAGUGACAGAGGUCACAGCAACCUUACAGGAAUGGGCAGUGUUGUGGAAACAGUUGUAUGUGAAACACAAAGUAGACCUCUUUUAUAAGAUUCGCUAUGUGAUGAAUGAGCUUAUUGAUUUGCGAAGGCAACUACUCUCAAGUCGAUUAACACAAGACCAGAUUAGAGAAGUCAGGAGGCAUAUCACAGUGCGGCUUGACUGGGGAAAUGAGCAGCUGGGACUGGACCUGGUUCCAAGGAAAGAGUUUGAAGUGGCUGAUGACGGCCAGUUUAGCGUCACAGACCUGUAUAAAAUGCAUUUAUCAAGCAGACAUAGUGUUCAACAAAGUACCUCACAGGUUGAUACAAUUCGCCAGCGCCAUGGGGAAACAUGCCGUAUACCUGUUCCACAUCAUCUGUUUCUGAAUCUGAAAAGUUUCACCUACAACACCAUUGGGGAGGAUGCAGAUGUUUUCUUCUCGCUCUAUGACACACGGGAGGGCAAACAGAUCAGUGAAAGAUUUAUGGUAAGACUUAACAGAAAUGGAGGCCCCAAGAACCCUGAGAAAAUUGACAGAAUGUGUGCCCUUUUUACAGACCUGAGUAGUAAGGACUUUAAACGGGACUUGUACAUAAUCGCUCAUAUCAUAAGAAGAGGUCGAAUGUUGCUUAAUGAUUCUAAGAAGGGCCCUCCUCACUUGCAGUAUCGUCGACCCUAUGGCUGUGCAGUGCUAAGCAUUAAUGAUGUUCUCCCAUCCAUCUCUGAACUCAAGGAAGAGAAAGACUUUGUAUCAAAGGUUUACACGUGCAACAAUGAAAACGAAUGGCAUCAAAUCCAUGAAAACAUCAUCCGCAAGUCAAGUACUAAGUACUCAGCACCAAGCACAAAUUAUGGCCUGAUAAUCUCACUACAGCUUUUACGAGGUGACAUGGACCAGAUCCGAAGGGAAUAUCCACUGAUGCUCAACAGAGGAGCUGCUGUUGUAAGGAAACUAGGAUUCCCAGAUGUUAUCAUGCCAGGUGACAUAAGGAAUGACCUGUACCUUACACUUGAGAGAGGGGAGUUUGAGAGAGGAGGCAAAAGUGUGCAGAAGAACAUUGAAGUAACUGUCUUUAUCCUUUAUGCAGAUGGGGAGAUUCUUAAGGACUGUAUCAGCUUAGGCAGUGGAGAGCCUAACACAAGUGAAUACCAUUCCUUUGUGCUGUAUCAUAAUAAUAGUCCUCGCUGGGGAGAGAUUAUCAAGCUGCCAAUUCCAAUCGACAGGUUCAGAGGCUCACAUCUUCGCUUUGAGUUCAGGCAUUGUUCAACCAAAGACAAAGGGGAAAAGAAACUUUUUGGUUUUGCUUUCACACCACUGAUGAAAGAGGAUGGCACGACUCUUUCUGAUGAGAUUCAUGAACUCUACGUCUAUAAGUGUGAUGAAAACAGUACCUUCAACAACCAUGCUCUCUACCUGGGCCUUCCAUGCUGCAAGGAGGACUUCAAUGGCUGCCCUAACAUUCCCUCCAGCCUCAUCUUCCAGAGAAGCACAAAGGAAUCAUUUUGGAUCUCCACCCAGCUAUCAUCUACCAAACUCACACAAAAUGUUGAGUUGUUGGCCUUGCUGAAAUGGAAAGUGUAUCCUGAUCGAAUAAUGGAUAUCUUAGGAAGACUUCGACAUGUCAGUGGUGAAGAAAUAGUGAAGUUUCUUCAAGAUAUUUUAGAUACGCUGUUUUCAGUUUUAGAUGAGAACACAGAAAAGUAUGGACUGCUAGUUUUCCAGUCUUUGGUGUUUAUUAUAAAUUUGUUGCGGGACAGCAAGUACUUCCAUUUCCGUCCUGUGAUGGACACCUAUAUUCAGAAGCACUUUGCAGGGGCACUGGCUUACAAGGAAUUGAUCCGAUGUUUGAAAUGGUACAUGGAUCGUUCUGCUGAGGUUGUAAGACAAGAUCAUAUCCAAGAAGCUAUGAGGGCCUUGGAAUACUUGUUUAAGUUCAUCAUCCAAUCUCGCAUCUUGUACUCCCGGGCAACAUGUGGCAUGGAAGAAGAACAGUUUCGCAAUAGCAUUCAGGAGCUUUUUCAGUCAAUCCGCUUUGUCCUGAGUUUAGACAGUCGAAGUUCAGACACACUUAUCUUCACACAGGCUGCCCUCUUAAACUCAUUCCCUGCUAUAUUUGAUGAGCUACUUCAGAUGUUUACCGUACAGGAGGUUGCUGAGUUUGUAAGAGGUACCCUUGGGAGCAUGCCAAGCACAGUUCAUAUUGGACAAUCCAUGGAUGUGGUAAAACUACAGUCUAUAGCACGUACUGUGGAUAGCCGACUUUUCUCCUUCCCAGAGUCUCGGCGAAUCCUUCUUCCUGUGGUACUUCAUCACAUUCAUUUGCACCUGCGGCAGCAGAAGGAGUUACUGAUUUGUUCUGGAAUUCUGAGCAGCAUCUUCUCCAUCUUGAAAACCAGCUCUUUGGAGACAUCAGUGUCAGAGGAGGUUGAAAUGAUGGUGGAAAGCCUUUUGGAUGUCCUUUUACAAACACUGCUUACCAUCAUGAGUAAAUCGCAGUCUCAGGAGGCGGUAAGAGGACAGCGCUGCCCACAGUGCACAGCAGAGAUCACUGGAGAAUACGUGUCUUGCCUCCUGUCUUUACUUCGCCAGAUGACAGAUACUCAUUACCAACAUCUACUGGACAAUUUCCAGAGCAAGGACGAACUGAAGGAAUUCCUUUUAAAGAUUUUCUGCGUGUUUCGUAACCUGAUGAAGCUGAGUGUCUUUCCCCGGGACUGGACAGUAAUGCGUCUUCUUACCAGCAAUAUUAUUGUUACCACAGUCCAGUAUCUGUCUCACGCCCUGCACAAGAAUUUUACAGAUGCAGAUUUUGAUUUCAAGGUAUGGAAUUCAUACUUUAGCCUUGCAGUUCUGUUUAUUAACCAGCCCAGUUUACAGUUAGAAAGUUCCACUCCAGUCAAAAGGAAAAAGAUACUGGAAAAGUAUGGAGACAUGCGAGUAAUGAUGGCUUAUGAACUUUACAGUAUGUGGCAGAAUCUGGGUGAAAAUAAAGUCCACUUCAUCCCAGGAAUGAUUGGUCCAUUUUUGGGUAUCACCCUAGUGCCACAGAGUGAAGUGCGGAACAUCAUGAUUCCCAUCUUCCAUGAUAUGAUGGAUUGGGAGCAGCGGAAAAAUGGAAACUUCAAACAGGUGGAAGCAGAACUGAUUGACAAGCUGGACAGCAUGGUGUCAGAAGGCAAAGGAGAUGAAAACUACAGAGAGCUAUUUAAUUUGCUAACUCAACUCUUCGGCCCAUAUCCUAGCUUGUUAGAGAAGAUUGAACAGGAGACUUGGCGUGAAACAGGUGUUUCAUUUGUCACCUCUGUUACACGGCUCAUGGAGCGACUUUUAGAUUACAGAGACUGCAUGAAAGGAGAAGAAACAGAGAACAAGAAGAUUGGAUGCACUGUGAACUUACUGAACUUUUACAAGUCUGAAAUCAACAAAGAAGAGAUGUAUAUUCGUUAUAUCCAUAAACUCUGUGAUAUGCACCUUCAAGCAGAGAAUUACACAGAGGCGGCCUUCACAUUACUUCUGUACUGGGAACUGUUGCAGUGGGAGGAUCGACCCCUUCGUGUUUUCCUGCAUUACCCAGCUCAGACAGAAUGGCAGCGAAAAGAAGGGCUUUGCCGGAAAGUCAUUCAUUACUUUAACAAGGGGAAGUGCUGGGAGUAUGGAAUUCCACUGUGUCGGGAGCUUGCCUGUCAGUACGAAAACCUCUUUGAUUAUCAGAGCCUGAGCUGGAUUAGGAAAAUGGAAGCUGCAUUUUAUGAUCACAUAAUGGAACAACAGCGCCUUGAACCUGAAUUCUUCAGAGUUGGCUUUUAUGGCAAGAAAUUCCCAUUUUUCCUUCGGAAUAAGGAGUUUGUAUGUCGGGGUCAUGACUACGAGAGGCUCGAGGCCUUCCAACAGAGGAUGAUGAGUGAGUUCCCACAAGCAAUUUCAAUGCAGCAUCUCAAUCUACCUGAUGAGAACAUCUUGCUAAGUGAUGCACAGUAUCUACAGAUUUAUGCUGUAACACCCAAUCCUGAUAAUGUGGAAAUUUUACAGAUGGAUAGAGUACCAGACCGUAUAAAGAGCUUUUAUCGUGUAAACAACGUAAGGAAGUUCCGCUAUGACAGACCUUUCCAUAAAGGACCAAAGGAUAAGGAGAAUGAGUUCAAGAGUCUUUGGAUAGAGAGAACUACCCUAGCACUAACACAGAGUUUACCAGGAAUCUCACGCUGGUUUGAAGUAGAGAAGAGAGAAGUGGUGGAAAUAAGUCCCCUGGAGAAUGCAGUUGAGGUUGUGGAGAACAAGAACCAGGAGCUGAGGACUCUGAUCAGUCAGUAUCAGCACAAGCAGAUGCAUGGCAACAUCAACCUGCUGAGCAUGUGCCUAAAUGGAGUGAUUGAUGCUGCUGUCAAUGGUGGGAUCGCACGAUACCAAGAGGCCUUCUUUGAUAAGGAGUACAUUCUCAGUCACCCUGAGGAUGCAGAAAAGAUUGCACAACUAAAGGACCUCAUGCAGGAACAGGUUCAUAUUCUUGGUGUGGGGCUGGCAGUCCAUGAGAAGUUUGUGCACCCAGAGAUGCGCCCACUGCACAAAAAACUAAUAGAUCAGUUCCAAAUGAUGAGGUCCAGCCUUUGUCAUGAACUUCAAGGUAUAGAUAAACUCAGCCCAGCCUGUUCUGGCACCAGUACACCAAGAAGUAACAUUUUAGCAGCUCAUAGUCCAAUGAGCCCAGAAAGCAUCAAACUGAUACACAGACACAGUCCUUUGAAUCUUCUGGGCUCAGUCCGACAUUCCUCCUCUUCACUGUCUUCCCACACCUCCAGUGAGACAGGAAAUCUAGCUGCCCUCUCUGAUGGACUGGUUGGGGAGACUUCAGAUGAUCUCUAUCGUAUGCAGCUUGUUUACCCUCACAUCAGAUUCCAGGACUCAAUCACCAACGUCUCUGUUUUAUCCUCGUCACAGGCCAGUCCGUCCACCUCCAGCCUCAGCUCUACUCAUUCUGCUCCCUCCCAGAUGAUCAAUUCAGCUCCUUCUAGCACCAGAGGUUCUCCUUCCUUGCCUGAUAAAUACCGUCACUCUCGAGAGCUGAUGAUGAUGAUGCCUCCUCACCGAGAUCGGCCAAGUAGUGCUAUGUAUCCACCUGGCAUGAUCGAUAAUGGACAGCCUUCAAGUUUCCAGCGUGCUCUGCUACACCAGGUGGUUGGGCCCUGCAAGCCCUGCAGUGAUCCUAACCUUUCCAUUGUUGAAAAAGGUCACUAUUCCAUGCAUUUUGAUGCCUUCCUUCACCACAUGGGUGAUGGACCUCCAGCACUUCCUGCUCGGACACUGCGCAAGUCUCCUCUCCAUCCAAUUCCUGCAUCUCCUACUAGCCCUCAGUCUGGAAUGGAUGGAAGUAACUCCACUCUUUCCGGCAGUGCCAGCAGUGGAGUGUCUUCGCUUAGCGAAAGUAACUUUGGACAUUCAUCCGAGCCACCACCACGUACAGACACUAUGGACUCUGUUCCCAGUCAGUCUUGGAACACAGAUGAAGACAUAGAAACACCCUACCUUCCAGUCCGUUACAGUCUGUCUGAGCCUGAUGUCCUUGAGUCUGUAAAGUCUCAGCCUUGCCGAAGUCAUUCUGCUCCAACAGGUGUGAUGCCACCAGAGCCUGUGGACCCCCCAGCCUUACCUCCAAAGCCGUACCAGCCCAGGAUUCCAAUAAUAGAAAAUGAAGAAAGGAUGGAGGAAGAAGCAAGGCCCCGGAUGACAUCAUGUAAAAUUUCUCAAACUGUGCUGCCUAGUGGUAAAGAAGAACAAGCCAAGGUUGCCUGGGAGCAAGGGAUAAAGGAAAAAUAACACUAGAGUUUCAGAAGCAAAUCAUCUAUUGGUUUAGACACUGGAGAAACACAGGGCAGGGCAUUCCAAAACUGUGUGUAGACACAUUACUACAUUUGUAUAAUGCAAUCAGCUGUCACUAGACAGCAUCCUGAGCAGGCCCUAUAAGCUGAACUAUUUGAAAUAGGGUGUCUGAUUUGUACAAAGAUUGUGUUUGCAUGCGGUGUUGCUGCUUCAUAUGCACAGCAAGUGCAAACUGCAUCACUGGUGCUCAGAUCCUGACGCUAUUUUCACAAAGCCCCAUUCAUUCAAAAUGCUUGCCUUUCACUAUGUAGAUGUUGUGGAGGGAAAUUGAUAAAGGGAAGCAGCUUGUUGGGGUUUGGGUGCUGGUCAUGUGCAAUGAAAUGGUAUGAAGGAGAAAGAGUUGAUGCAGGUUCAUGGUUACACACACACACACACACACACACACACACACACACACACACACACACACACACAGACAGACCACACACACAUACACACAUGCACAAGCAUGCAUGUGCAUGUAUGUAUGUAUAUGAAAGCUAGAUUUAAGACAGACAAUGACCUUGGAUACAAACAGGGAAUUCAACAAAUGCUGUGUUAGCAAAUCCAUGGUGCUGAGCAGUACUGGAUGAGUAAUGCACAUGCCAGCAAAAUGAUUUCCACUUGCCCUAUUUCCUUUGAUAGCAAUUGUGAUUCCAUUUUGUGUCUGACUCUCAUUAUUGUUAGCUAGCAUGUCAAAAGAAAGUGCCAAUGCAGAAUUUUGACUGAGUAUUUCUUUGAUAUACUUAUGCCGAUAACUAUGUCAGAGGCAAUUUGGUAACAAUAACAAAAUAAAAAAAUAUAUAUCUGGCAAAGGCCCAUAAUUUAAUGCUGCACUUGUGACUUGGACUUUGUCAUCAGUGUCAUCAGUUAA